AUUGGGAGAGCGGGUGGCAGGACGGGCGGUCUUUCCAGUUGGCAAAGUUCACUUGUUAACUGGCUGCCUCCCGGGUCGGACCACGAUGGGAACAGUCACGAGAACCUCAUUUGCUGAAUUCAAACGAGGAGCCAUAAAAACCUGAAGUGCACAUUGGGUGCCACGCAACACGGAGGCUCGAGUGUCAAGGCGAAAAAAAAAAACAAAACAAACUGCAACCCCUUUGGCUCCUCCUCGUGUCCCGGAGGUGCCAGGUUCUAAUCUGCAAGCGUGCUGUCUGACAGUUAAUCAUUUGUCGCAGAAGGAGCUCCGUUGAGGAACCAGAGGGACGUGAACGAGCUCAAAGGAGGCGCUGAGGGAAGGAGCGAGCGCGCGGGACUCGAGCCGAGUCCCCGCCGGCAGCACAGGCGCCGCCUCCCGGCUUCCGGACCCCGGCACUUUGGGGGAUUCGGAGCGCGGGGCCCGCGCCAGGGUCCCCAUGGAGGCAGCGCGGCCGGCGGGCCCGGGCGCGCCGCAGGCCCACGCGCGGGGAGCGGCGGCGGCGGCCGGCAGCCUGCUGAGCCAGAUCAAAGGCAAAGUCUUCACCUGGGAUAUUCUGAAAACAAUUGCUCUGGGCCAGAUGUUGUCCCUGUGUAUCUGUGGGACAGCCAUCAGCAGCCAGUAUUUGGCAGAAAAAUACAAAGUGAACACCCCCAUGCUUCAGAGCUUUAUCAACUAUUGCUUGCUGUUUGUGGUUUAUACUAUGGUGCUGGCAUUUCGAUCAGGUGCUGAUAACCUUUUAGACAUCUUGAAAAGAAAAUGGUGGAAGUACCUCCUCCUGGGACUGGCAGACGUGGAAGCAAAUUACCUGAUGGUCAGAGCAUACCAAUACACCACUCUAACUAGUGUUCAGCUUUUGGAUUGCUUUGGAAUUCCCGUGUUGAUGGCUCUCUCGUGGUUUGUUCUGUACGCAAGAUACAGAGUGAUUCACUUCAUUGCCGUGGCUGUCUGUCUUUUGGGCGUAGGAACCAUGGUUGGUGCAGACAUAUUAGCCGGGAGGGAAGACAAUUCAGGGAGUGAUGUGCUAAUUGGUGACAUCCUCGUGCUUGUUGGGGCUUCCCUGUACGCCGUUUCUAACGUGUGUGAAGAGUACAUCGUGAAGAAACUAAGCAGACAGGAGUUUUUAGGAAUGGUGGGCUUGUUUGGAACAAUUAUUAGCGGCAUACAGCUGUUGAUUGUGGAAUAUGGGGAUAUUGCCAGCAUUCACUGGGACUGGAAAAUUGCUCUGCUGUUUGUGGCAUUUGCCCUCUGUAUGUUUUGCCUGUACAGCUUCAUGCCAGUGGUGAUCAAAGUCACUAGUGCUACGUCCGUCAACCUGGGCAUCUUGACAGCUGAUCUCUACAGCCUUUUCUUUGGCCUCUUUCUCUUUGGGUAUAAGUUUUCAGGACUCUACAUCCUGUCCUUCAGCGUCAUCAUGGUGGGCUUUAUCCUGUACUGUUCUACGCCGACACGAACGGCAGAGCCAGCCGAGAGCAGUGUACCCCCGGUCACCGUCAUUGGAAUCGACAACCUGGGGCUGAAGCUCGAGGAGAACCUUCCAGAGACGCACGCUGAGGUCUAGUAGCCAGCCAGGGAUGGUGCACGCCUGUGCACCACAGAAGAAAGCAGCGCCCGCUGGCUGCUGAGGCGACACUCCGGGAAAUGAGGAGGCUCCGAGUGAACACACCAUUGGACUGGAUCCAGUGGGUAGACUUUGGAAAAGAAAACUAAAGAAUGUCUCAAAAAUAGAAAUAUCAAAACCCAGCAGAACCCAAGGCUAGAUUGUGUUUCUGCGUAUUUUAAGGACCAAAACCUGUGUUAGGGAGGUGAGGUGUAGGUCCCACACUGAGGUCUUCAAGGUCUGUGUGGGAAACAGGAUGGGGGAGGCACCCAGGAGAGAGCCAGCUGUGGGACAGGCUGCUGAUGAUUGGGAGCAGGGGCAGUGCAGGGUGGCCUGCACAUAGGUUUUUUGCUCUGCUGAGCAGUUACUGUCCCCUGGGCUUGUGGCCUUUGGGUAUAGAGGAGGCCUGCUGACUGACUGCAUGUCGUGGG